CAAGUCCGCAACAUAUUUAGAGAGAAUACCUUGACUCGGGGUGCACAUUAUCUCAGAUUGACCGCCCAAGUAACCCUUGUUUUGGCAAGCUACGACAUGGACUUAGCAAACAGAGAUGUCUAUUUUCAGGCCCCGAGAAGAAGUUCGUUUUCCAUAAAGAACAUUCUUAACCUCCAAGAUGAAAGAGCCUUGACUGCGUUUCCGAGAGUAUCAGGAGAAGAAAUCGAAGAUGCAAAAGUUUCCAUUAUAAGACCCAUCGUGACUCCAAUCACUUACGCCAUGAAUCCGCCGCCAUUAAUGCGGUAUCCUUACGCUGGUCUGGGCUCUCCACUGAGUGGCAUCAGUUUAAAUUGGUCAGCAGAUCCCACUGCACAGGCCAACUUUCCCACGUGGAUUUGCAACACAAGUUUUAUGCAAAGUUAUGAACACUUCCAUGGUUUUUCUCCAUAUAUAAAUCUUCCAAGACGUAGAAGUUUCUCUAGAAAGAAGAAGCAGCGUCCGCUAUUUUCCCAAAACCAGGUACAAACGAUGGAAAGGGAAUUUACAAAGCGUCGUUACAUCUCUGAGAGCAAGCGUGCAGAGCUUUCCACAGAGUUGGGUCUUACAGAAACUCAAGUUAAAACGUGGUUCCAAAAUAGAAGAACAAAAUGGAGAAAGGAAAUGCAAGAUCAAGUGGCCACAACAGUAUCUCAAACAAACAAGAACUGUCACCAAAAUUUGUCGGGAACAAGUUCCUAUAAUGACGAAUUGUCAGCGCCUGCAGCAAGCUCCCGUGCCUAUACGUAUAUACAGACUUGUUUCAACGAGAUACGUUCAUAGUGUAAUAAACCAAAUUGUGGCGUGGCAGACAGGUAUUUCACUUGAACUGGUGUUAAUUGAUUUAGCCAUGUUAAGCUAAAAGCCCCUCUUGGACCUCGUGGCUCUAAAUUUAGAUGCCUCAUUCAGUGUUCGAACUGUUAUCCAAAUUGUUGUACUUUGACCUCUCCGCCGGGUUCUGUAGCAGGACGUAUAUGAAAUUCUGUGCUUUUCAAGCAUUGUACUGGCCUGAAGAGUGCAAUGUAAGCUCAGCCUGUUCUGGCAAGCACGUCAACAACAUAUUUUUGAAGCUAUACUUAAAUUUAAAAUACUUGCUGCAAAGCAUUGUAGGGAAGCAAAGUAUUGAUACAGAAAGUCCAAAAUCUCAAUAAUGAACGAAAUAAGACUCUUUUUUCUGUAUUUCCUUUUUCGAACUUGUUUUGUAAACGAACACUUAAUGCGGUUACAUUAAAAACAGAACAUUACAAAUACUGGCUUCGAUCUCACGCAUGUACUCAUUGAAAGGACACACUUAUUCAUUAAUUCACUUCUCGAGUGAGCUCCUUAGUGUUAAUGAAUGCUAUAUGUUUUUUAAUUUAACUCCAGACAUAAAUAAGGUUGCAGAUGAAUGAAGUAAUUUAAGUUCAAGUAAUGAUGUGGGUGUGAUGAAACUUCUGGUAACUUAAUAUUUCCAGCAAACUCAGUGAAAUAGUAAAUAUAGGCAACUGAA